AUGCUUCGUCCCAGCGACAGCACCACCCCGGUGCUGCUGCUGCUGCUCACCGCCUUGCUUGCCUGCGGCGCCAAUGCCGGCUCGCCGGAGGGCGACGCCGCCGCGCUCGCCGACUUCCGCCUCGCCGCGGACCGCUCCGGCGCGCUCGCGAGCUGGAACGCGUCCGCCAGCCCGUCCCCGUGCGGCUGGCGCGGGGUGACGUGCGCGGGCGGGCGCGUGACGCGGCUGGUGCUCGAGGGGCUCGGUCUGUCCGGCGCAGACGCGCUCCCGGCGCUGGCCCGGCUCGACGGCCUCCGCGUGCUGAGUCUCAAGGGGAACCAGCUCUCCGGCGCCGUCCCGGACCUCUCGCCGCUGCUCGGGCUCAAGCUGCUCUUCCUCUCCCGCAACGCGCUCUCCGGCGCCAUCCCGCCCUCGCUCGGCAAGCUCUACCGGCUCUACCGGCUCGACCUCUCCUACAACAACCUGUCCGGCGUCGUGCCGCCCGAGCUGGCCCGGCUCGACCGGCUGCUCACGCUCAGGCUCGACUCCAACCGCCUCACCGGCGGGGUCGACGGCAUUGCGCAGCCGAGGCUGCAGGAUCUCAACGUGUCCAACAAUCUCCUCUCGGGGAGGAUUCCGGUGGCCAUGGCGGGGUUUCCGGCGGGCGCGUUCGGCGGGAACGCCGGCCUGUGCGGCGCGCCGCUGCCGCCGUGCAAGCAGGAGGUGCAGAACGCGUCCCCGUGCCCUCCCGCUGCGGCCAUGGCGGCGUCGUCGCCCUCGUCGAAGCCGCCGGAUGGCAAGGGGAAGAUGAGCCGCGGGGUCGUGGCAGCAAUUGUGGCCGCGGACUUCGCCGUGGUCGGGCUCGUCGCCGGGCUGCUCUUCUGCUACUUCUGGCCGCGCCUCUCCGGGCGGCGGAGCGACAGGCGCCACCGCGAGGGGGAGAAGAUCGUCUACUCCUCCAGCCCGUACGGCGCUGCAGGCGUGGUCGCGGCGGCCGGUGGCACGUACGAGCGAGGAAAGAUGGUGUUUCUCGAGGACGCCGGCGUGAGGCGGUUCGAACUGGAGGAGCUGCUGCGCGCGUCCGCGGAGAUGCUCGGCAAAGGCGGCUGCGGCACUGCGUACAAGGCGGUGCUCGACGACGGCAGCGUCGUGGCCGUGAAGCGGCUCCGCGACGCGGCGCCCGCGGCGGCGUCGACCAAGAAGGACUUCGAGCACCACAUGGCCGUGCUCGGCCGCCUCCGCCACCCCAACGUUGUGCCGCUCAACGCCUACUACUACGCCCGCGACGAGAAGCUGCUCGUCUACGAGUUCAUGCCCAACGGCAGCCUCUUCUCCCUCCUCCACGGUAACCGAGGGCCGGGCCGGACGCCGCUGGACUGGGCGGCGCGCAUGCGCAUCGCGGCGGGCGCCGCGCGGGGCCUCGCCUACAUCCACCACGCGAGCCGGCGCGGCGGGCUGACGCCCAAGCUGGCGCACGGCAACAUCAAGAGCACCAACAUCCUGCUCGACAGGUCGGGCGAGGCGCGCCUCGCGGACUGCGGGCUGGCGCAGCUGGGCACGUCGUCGCCGGCGGCGAGCUCGGCGGGGUACCGCGCGCCCGAGGCGCCGGCGCCGGCGUCGCGGCCGUGGGCGUCGCAGAAGGGCGACGUGUACGCGCUCGGGGUGGUGCUGCUGGAGCUGCUGACGGGGCGGUGCCCGGGCAGCGAGCUGCCCAACGGCGGCGUGGUGGCGGAGCUGCCGCGGUGGGUGCAGUCGGUGGUGCGGGAGGAGUGGACGUCGGAGGUGUUCGACCUGGAGCUGAUGAAGGACAAGGGCAUCGAGGAGGAGAUGGUGGCGAUGCUGCAGCUGGCCCUGAGCUGCGCGGCGAGCGCGCCCGACCAGCGGCCCAAGGUCGGGUACGUGGUGAGGAUGAUCGACGAGGUCCGCGCGUGCGGGGACCCGCAGGCGUCGUCGCCGUCGCACGGGUCGUCCAUGGACGAGUCCUCCGGCGUCUCCGACUCGCCCGCCGUCUCUGAUGGCGGCGGCGCCGCCAGCCAGUGA